AUGCCAGUUUAUUCAAUAUCCCAUGUGGAGAAUGUACGGGUCUGUGUUGUUAUGGUGGGACUUCCAGCCAGGGGAAAAUCCUUGAUUGCUCAAAAGAUAGUUAGAUACUUGAGGUGGUUAUCCAUCAAAUCAAAGUGCUUCAAUGUUGGUACCUACAGACGUAAGCUUGCGAGUCUGCAAGUUGACGCUGAGUUUUUUAGCCCAAAUAAUGAAGAAGGUUUGAGAAACAGAAUGGAAGCGGCCAAUACUGCCGUUGAAGAUAUGAUGAAGUGGUUUACAGAAGAAAAUGGAGUUGUGGGUAUAUUGGAUGCCACUAAUUCCACAAGAGAGAGAAGAGAUUGGAUUUUAAAAUUAUGCCGUGAAAAUUCGAUUGAACCCAUGUUCUUAGAGAGCUGGUGUAAUGAUAGUGAUUUAAUUUUGCAAAACAUCGCAGAUGUUAAGACCACAUCACCAGAUUAUUUGGACACGGAUUCUGAAUUUGCAACACAAGAUUUCUUAAGGAGGAUCAAGUAUUAUGAAGAGACUUAUGAAACAAUGGACCGAACUGUUGAUGCAUCUAAAACUUUUAUCAAACUCAUUAAUGUUAAUUCUCAUAUAAUUUUAAACAGAAUUGAAAGCUACUUAGAAAGCAGAAUAGUCUACUAUGUCAUGAACUUGCAUAUUAAGCCUAGAAGCAUUUGGCUUUCAAGGCAUGGAGAAUCGGAAUACAAUUUAACUGGCCAAAUUGGGGGUGAUGCUAAUCUCUCAGAGAGAGGCUGGAGAUACGCAAAAAAGCUUCCUGAACUUGUUUUGAAGUCUCUCGGUGAAGACGAGAAACAUACAAACUUAACAGUUUGGACGUCAACAUUAAAAAGAACUCAACAAACAGCAUCCUUUUUACCAUAUCAGAGGAAAUUGCAAUGGAAGGCUCUCGACGAACUUGAUGCCGGUGAAUGCGACGGAAUGACUUAUGAAGAAAUCGAAAACCAAUUCCCCGAAGAUUUUAAAGCCAGAGAUGAUAAUAAAUAUGAGUAUCGCUACAGAGGCGGCGAGUCUUACCGUGAUAUCGUUAUUAGGCUUGAACCCAUCAUUAUGGAGCUUGAAAGACAAGAAAACAUAUUAAUUAUCACGCAUCAGGCAGUUUUAAGGUGCUUAUAUGCAUAUUUUAUGAGCGUUCCCCUGGAAGAAUCUCCUUGGAUGUCGAUUCCUUUACAUACUUUGAUUAAGUUGGAACCCAGAGCAUACCUGACGCUUGUAAGUAGGAUAAAAGCUGAUAUUCCAGCAGUGAGUACCUAUAAAGAGAAAGGAACAUCGCAGCUAGGAGAGCUUACUAAAGGAACAAACAUUUCCAAAAGUAGGGACCUCAUAAAUGAGAGUAAUUGUGCUAACUUCUAA